GAGUCGUGGUUUUACAGUUGACAUGGAAUGAUACGACUUUACCGGAAUUUUAGCUUGAUAACGUGCAACUUAGCUACCUUCACAUCAACACAGAUGGUAUCAGUUUAAAAGCAGCUUUAAUCAUCAAAACCGAGGUCAUUGUACCCUCCCAUUAAGUAUACCCAGGGAGGCUGAUAUUCAUCCCUCAAGUUCCUAGGGAUGAAAGCAGAGCAAGACGGAGACCUCCUUGAAGAGGACUCCGCUCAGGAGAAUGGAGUCCAGACGAACCAGUACAGCGCCAUCUCUCCUCCUUCCUCACCUGUGGCCCAGGACGAACCCUUCUCCACAUACUUUGAAGAUAAAGUGGCCAUUCCCGAGACUGGCAAUCAGAUAUUCAGUUUCCGUAAACUCUGGGCCUUCACUGGACCAGGUUUUUUGAUGAGCAUUGCCUAUUUGGAUCCAGGGAACAUCGAGUCUGACCUGCAGUCUGGAGCUAAAGCUGGCUUUAAGCUCCUAUGGGUGCUCCUUGGAGCCACCAUCAUCGGGCUGCUGUUGCAAAGGUUAGCUGCACGCCUCGGGGUCGUCACUGGGAUGCACCUGGCUGAAGUCUGCAACCGCCAGUAUCCCACAGUUCCUCGGAUCAUCCUUUGGUUCAUGGUGGAACUGGCAAUUAUUGGGUCAGACAUGCAGGAGGUCAUUGGCUGUGCCAUAGCCCUCAACCUUCUCUCUGUGGGCAGGAUUCCACUGUGGGCAGGAGUCAUCAUCACCAUCACAGACACGUUUGUGUUCCUCUUUCUAGAUAAAUACGGCCUGAGGAAACUUGAAGCUUUCUUUGGCUUUCUUAUCACCGUAAUGGCUCUUAGCUUUGGUUACGAGUAUGUUGUGGUAAAGCCAAACCAGGGGGAACUGCUGAAGGGGAUGUUCAUGCCUUACUGUUCCGACUGUGGGCCGGUACAGAUGGAGCAGGCAGUGGGGAUCAUAGGAGCUGUCAUCAUGCCCCACAACAUCUACUUGCACUCAGCACUGGUCAAGUCUCGGGACAUUGAUCGCAAAAAUAAGAAGGAAAUAAAGGAAGCCAACAAGUACUACUUCAUUGAGUCAACUAUCGCUCUCUUUAUCUCCUUCCUCAUCAACGUCUUUGUGGUAGCUGUCUUCGCUGAGGCCUUCUACAAUAAAACCAAUAUGGAAGUGAAUAACUUGUGCAAUGCAACCGGCAGCCCUCACACAGAUCUCUUCCCUCUCAACAAUGGCACACUGGAGGUGGACAUCUACAAAGGAGGAGUGGUCCUGGGCUGUUUCUUUGGUCCUGCAGCCCUCUAUAUCUGGGCAAUAGGGAUCCUGGCAGCUGGACAGAGUUCCACCAUGACAGGCACUUACUCUGGGCAGUUUGUUAUGGAGGGUUUCCUGAACCUACGGUGGUCCCGGUUUGCCCGGGUGCUGCUGACCCGCUCCAUCGCCAUCACGCCUACACUGCUGGUAGCCAUUUUUCAGGAUGUUCAGCAUCUGACAGGGAUGAAUGACUUCCUCAACGUGCUUCAAAGCAUGCAGCUUCCUUUUGCUUUGAUCCCUAUUCUGACCUUCACCAGUCUGACGUCAAUAAUGAACGACUUUGCAAACGGAUUGGUGUGGAAGAUUUCCGGAGGCAUCGUCAUCCUGAUGGUUUGCGCAAUCAACAUGUACUUUGUGGUGGUUUAUGUGACGGCGCUGAACAGUGUGCUGCUCUACGUUCUUGCUGCUCUGCUCUCUGUUGCCUAUCUGUGCUUUGUAGGCUACCUGGCAUGGCACUGUUUGGUUGCGUUGGGGGUUUCCUGCCUGGACUUUGGCAGCAGGGUAAGCUAUCCACCUGCUGUGUUCAUAGAGGAGCCGUCUGAGUACGACUCCUAGAGCUGAACAGGAGCACUAACCACCAGCAUUCCUCUUUCCUCUUGGAGACACUGAGCCCUGUACACCACCAGGACUUUUAUAGAUCAUGUAGGGUCUUGAAAGAACAUGUUCUGCUAAUGUCACAUGUUUGUUUUGUGUUGGGCUGGGUAUCAGAAUUUGGUGCUUUUUAGGUAUUCACUGAACCAGAUUAAUACUAACCAGCACAGAAAAUUCAAUGCCAGUGUUUGAUGAAAUAUUCGUACAUCUGUUGACAAAUCAGUAAUCGUUAAGAUCCUCAAAGUGAUUGUGACAUGAUGAUUAACACAAUUAUCUGUAUCUACUUUUUACAAAAUGUUAUCUAGCCUUAGAAAAACCCCAUCUUUAUGAAAAGACAUUAUCAACAGCCUCUGUGUUUUAAUAUACUUUAAAUGCCAUGAGGAGGCUGGCGGACGAAGAAGUUAAAGUUUCUACACAGGAGUUCUGAUGAUUUUAGGCUUCACCUAACAAGAGCAUGUGUUUUGCUUUUAUGUAAACUACAGUUCCUAAAAUUCGUAAAAAAAAACAAGCUUGGCGUUUUGCUGCCUGUGGGAGGAGCAUUGCAGCACAGAGGUAGCCUGUAAUAUUGCCACAAUAAAACCCAAUUUUAUUUUGGACUAAAUAACCUCAAAACUACAGAAUUUGCACAAUUCAAAUAAUAAUUUUCACAUUUCUGAUCACAAAAAUAUAACAUACAUGACAUGAAAGAUGUCAUUUUUGCAAUACAGCAAUAAUGGCUCAUGUUUUUUCUGCCCAAUGUUCUGUUGAGGUUACACUGUUAUAUGUUCUCAAAAAUCAAACCAAUAUAAGCAUGCCUGACUUAUUUCUGCCUUGUUUCUGUUAAAUAAGAGCUGAUCUAACUAGCUACCUAAAGUAUUAAGUAUUGAUUGAUUCCCUUGUUCUCUAACAAGGCUUGAUAUGUACCAAUGCUAGCUGCCUCAUGCACUCUGCUCUCCGUGAGCCCUCUUACCUUGAUAAUGUCAACCUCCAGUUCCUUGAUGGAAGAAGAAGCAGCUUAUUCCAUCAUAAUUUCCACUACCUCAACAUCCUCCAUUAUCUCAUCUCAGUGUACCGUCUCUGUAGCAGUAUUAUUCAGUUAUGCAUCUAACGUUUCAUUUCCGAUGACUAUUUUUAAAACAAUAUAGUCGUGACAUAAUUCACUGACAAAUUCAUUCAAUGAUACUACCUGUAUCAAAAAUCACCAAAUGAUAUCCAGCCUCAAUUGUGUGAGGGGGGAAAAAAACAUGUCAAAGUAGCUUAAGUGGCAAGUUUCAGUAUCGUGCAUAAAUUAUGCGUAUACUGUACUUUGUCUUUGUGAGUUCAGAGUGGACAUCUGGUCAUUACAACCAAGUUUGUGAAUCAAGGAUGUUUUGUUUUUUGGUUUGUUUUUCUGUAAAUAUGAGCCUUGGAUUGUAAAAUCAGACUUGACUGAAAACUAGCUUGAAUGGAGGAAGUCCACCUGUUCAUUUACAAAUUGUCUGGGGCUGUCUGAUGAAAACCAUAGUUUUAAUGUGACCAAGAGCCAACUGGUUCUUAAAAUUAAUUCCAGAGUGCCCUUGGACCUGGAUAUAUUAGUUGACAGUAGUACUGCACUGCACCUUUAAUAUUUUACUCAUGAUUCAGAUAUGCAUUGCAGUGUCUGUUCAGCCUGAUCAAAACUUCUCGAUUCAAACAUGUGAAACUUUAUAUGACUGCAGCCUCAACUUCAGAGCCUCUUUUAGUGCCUAAAUAAUCAGGAUGCGAGUGAAAUGAAAGAAAAUAAGUUUGCAGCACUGUGCAGGAGUUGUUUCAAUCCUCCACAUUUUAAUUCAGUUUUGUUUGUCUGUUGGUGAAGGCUUCAGAAGUUAAGGAUUAUAGAAAUGUAUAAUUUCAUUACAAUACAUGUGGUUAAUUUUAGAAACGAAAACAGACUUAUUUAUACUGCUAUGCAGAGAAAGAAAGGAACUGCUCAUGUGGCAGCUUAAGAAUAAUGUAAUUGUCAUGACAAAGCUGUGUUUAAAGGACAACUGGAAACACAAGUUUUUUUUUUUAAAAGAGUCAAAACAAGUACAGAAGAAGUUUAUUUAUAUCGAUCCAAAUCAGACGUUUGUAGUGUAUGUUUGUAGUAUCUUUAUAACCAUCGAAAGCAGUCAUUUUGUGAAUUAAAGUCCAAAAACAAAUUUUUUUUUUAGCAAAUUAAUUUAAAUGUUAAUUAAGCUAUGGUGUGUCCAGCGCUCUACACUGAUUCAUUUAGGACGUCCUAAUGGGUGUGAAAAAGUUUGUUCUGUUUCCUUCAGAAAUGUUUGUUCUCCCUUCUAAACAGGGUUGGUUUAUUUUUUAAAUGUAAAUCUUUUCACCAAAAAUAAAACUUGUCAUUUUUACUCUA